GGAGGAGGAACGAACGCGUGUUUUCACUGGAAGAGGAACCAUUUGCAUAAUCAUCUGAAAUGGCUCGUGACAGGACCCAGGUAUGGAUCUGGCUGGCGAUACUCGGUGUGUUCAUUCAGUCCUCUCAGUGCCUGGGUUGGGGGUCUUCCUCUUGCUCUCUCAAGCAAGAUGACCUCAGGAAGCUGGAGGCACUCUGCAGCAAGACGGCCGAAGUGGUGAACGCCUCAGUGGCUAAUCUUGAGCAGAAACUCGAGCGCGUUCUCACGUUCGUCGAGGAAAUGAAGAAGCACGAGACCGCCUGGAUCGAGGAAACCAGUACAUCGAAUGGUUCAAAAGGGACAGUCGAGAGGGACGUUUCAACACAGGAAGCCGUCCUUGUGCCCUCGGUGCUGACGAAUACACCGACGCAAGUGGAAUCUGCUGACGUCCAGGGGCAGGAGAGUCAGAACACCAGCUACAGGAACAUCCAGACCCCUCGCUUUGAGGACGACGACGAAGACGAUGAAGAAGAUAGGGAUAAUGUUGACGAGGAAGACGAAGAAGAUCAGGAGGUUAAGAAAGGAGAAUGCGAAGCUCAGGUCAUCGACAACCACGAAACUAUCGGCAUGUUCUAUAUGACUUCCUUCCGCCACGGACACUGCGCCAACAGGCACCCGAUAACUGCCCCUAUCCGCCACUGCCUCGGUUACUGCGCUACCAGGACCUAUAUUGAACGGGAAGCAGGAAUCUGGAGCCAAGGCAACCGCUGCAGCAGCUGUCAGGUGGACAAGCUGGAGACCCUCAAAAUCCCUCUUGCUUGUGACGACGGCUUCACCUUCGAGAAAACCUUCGAAAACGUCGUCAGUUGUCGUUGCCAGGCUUGCAAACCCGUCAAGGAGUAGAAGGAGGUUGUCUGUUUAUUUACGUGGACGAAAUUCUUCUCAUUUCGGUGAUACGUG